UUCACCGGGGGAAGAGCCACUGUGUUAUGGGAGAGGAUUAAAACAAGUGUGUUUAAGAGUAAAAGAACGGCGGAAAGGUAGGAAGUGAGUUUUCUUAACUUGAUCUCGAGCGGAGGAUGAGGAGGAAUCACCGCUGUGCGUUUUCAUUCUGACUGGAAGGAUCUGUAAAAAAAACAAAACAAAAAAAACAAAACAAAUACAAAAACCUAAAAACACCCUCGCCAAUCUUCAUGUCCUGUCUCCUGUCAGUGCCGAGUCAAAAGAGGCUGUCUCCUGCGAGCGUGCCACGUCUUCACUGAGAGCCCUCCAAGCCACGACUGCUCCCUCCUGUCCCUGGGAGCUCAUAACCGACAGCCUCGCACGCCGUGCCGCUUCACUGGUUGGCAGCUCCUCUUUGACCUGAGCCAGGAUGAAUGACGUUCAGGAGGCCACCUCCCCGGCCACCAGCCUCAGUGGUCCAGCUACCUGCGUCUCCAAAGUGGAGCUGCGUGUGUCUUGCAAAGCUCUGCUGGACCGAGACACGCUGAAUAAGUCAGACCCCUGUGUCAUAAUCAUGGUACAGACCAACGGACAGUGGACAGAGCUGGACAGGACAGAAGUGAUCAAGAGCAACCUGCACCCGGUCUUUGCCAAGGUUUUCACAUUGGACUACUACUUUGAGGAGGUGCAGAAGCUGCGAUUUGAGGUCUACGACAUCCACGGCACUCACAGCAUCGGCACCCGCGACGAUGACUUUCUGGGUGGGGUGGAGUGCACUCUCGGCCAGAUCGUGGCCCAAAAGAAGAUGGUGAAGCCUUUAUUGCUGAAGUACGGGAAAUAUGCCGGCAAAUCCACCAUAACGGUGCACGCUGAGGAAAUAUCUGGCAACAACGGGUAUGUGGAGCUCUCCUUCUGUGCCAAGAAGCUUGAUGAUAAGGACCUCUUCAGCAAGUCAGACCCGUUUUUGGAAAUAUAUCGAAUCAACGACGAUGAAACCGAACAGCUUGUGCACAGAACUGAGGUGAUUAAAAACAACCUGAAUCCUGUGUGGGAGCCCUUCAAAGUGUCUCUCAUAUCCCUGUGCAGCUGCGACGAGGAGCGGAAGCUCAAGUGCCUAGUGUGGGAUUAUGACUCCAGAGGGAAGCAUGACUUCAUCGGCGAGUUCUACGCCACGUUCAGGGAAAUGCAGAAAAUUUCCAGUGGAAAUAAGGUGACGUGGGACUGUGUGAAUCCCAAGUACAAACAGAAGAAGAGAAAUUAUAAGAAUUCAGGAGUUGUCAUCCUCAGUGACCUUAAGCUCCACAGAGUGUACUCCUUCUUAGAUUACAUCAUGGGAGGAUGCCAGAUUCACUUUACGGUUGCUAUUGACUUCACAGCGUCCAAUGGGGAUCCCAGGAACAGCUGCUCAUUACACUACAUCAACCCUUACCAGCCCAACGAGUACCUGAAGGCUCUGAUAGCGGUGGGGGAGAUCUGUCAGGACUACGAUAGCGACAAAAGAUUUUCAGCGCUGGGGUUUGGUGCCAGAAUCCCUCCAAAUUAUGAGGUGUCUCACGACUUUGCCAUUAAUUUCAACCCAGAGGAUGAUGAAUGUGAAGAGAUCCAAGGAGUGGUUGAAGCAUACCAGAACUGCCUUCCAAAGAUCCAGUUGUAUGGCCCAACCAAUGUCUCUCCCAUCAUUAACAGAAUAGCCAAGCUGGCAGCAGGCGACGGCAACAUCAAAGAUGCUUCUAGAUACCACAUCCUGCUCAUCCUCACGGAUGGCGUGGUGACAGACAUGGCAGACACACGUGAAGCCAUUGUACGAGCCUCCUACCAGCCUCUCUCCAUAAUCAUUGUCGGCGUGGGCAAUGCAGACUUCACAGACAUGCAGAUUUUGGAUGGAGAUGAUGGAGUCCUACGAUCACCGAAGGGUGAACCCGUCCUCAGGGACAUCGUGCAGUUCGUGCCCUUCAGAGACUUCAAAACGGCCUCCCCUGCGGCGCUGGCCAAAUGUGUUCUGGCGGAGGUGCCCAAGCAAGUUGUCGAGUACUACAGCCACAAGGCCAUUUCCCCUAUGUGUCCUUUGAGGGAAUCACUGACCCCCAUCCUCACCCCGGUCGCCACCACCCCAACAGAAUAAGCACCCUCCUGACUCCUGCUACCGAGCUUUGACCGCAGCACCAGUCCGGCAAACUGAGAGAGAGAAAAGGACGCAUGCCUUGUGAUUUUGGACAAAGGACUGAAGAGAAAAUCUUUCUAAAUGUGAUGUUACCCAUUUAUUUCCCUUCCCCACUGCUAUCAAAGUGUUUACACAAGAAGGGUGCGAUGGAGACUGUGGGCUUUUUUUAUUUUCUCUGCUCAGUGUGGAUACAGCAUUUCUCCCUGGGUGUGCAAAUUGACCAUCCAGCUGUUUCAGCAUCAUGAAUCCAGGCAGAUUGUUUUUUCCCCCAUAGUUUUUAUGCAUGAAGGCCAAUCCCUCAGCGCUGAUCUCAACGAUUGGACGCACACUUGUUAUUCCUCACUGAUCAUGAAAUUCAGCACCUUUGACCUAAAUGUUUUCCUCGUCACAUCAUUUUCAAAGAUGUACUGCUCAUUGUACAGUAUGUUACAAUCAAAAUUAGAUUGCUCAACUUGAAUAAAAUUAAAUUCAGAUAUUAUAGAUGAAUCACUAGAAGAAGAGAUGCUGCAUUCAGACCUUCAAUCAUAUAUAUAUAUAUAUAUAUAUAUACAUAGAUAUAUAAGUCUGUCUGGCUGCAUGAUUGGCCUUAUUUUGGAUUAUGGUCAUUAAUUCCAGACAAUGGAACAGAUUAUUGGUAAAAUCACAAAUUCUGCAAUUGCUAGCACAAUAUAAAUGAUCUGUUAUGAUCUUUUUUCUUAAAUUAAAAAGUGCACCAGCAUGAACUAUGAAUGACACCAGCUCUACCUAGCAAAUGCAACAGCAAACAGUGCUGAGUAUGUUUGGCAGUUGGCAGGUGCAGGUCGAUGGGUUAGUGUAUUCUGUCUGAAAUGAUGAGCCGAAUAACAAUAAUGAGCUGAACCUUCAGUAAUUAAUUAGGCCCUCUUAAUGCCAGGUGAGAAAACAGCAGCAGUGGAAAAAACAUUUCUUACAUCUGAUGUGUCACCACUUCAGACCCUGUUCACCUCGUACAUUCGUGAAGCUGCAAGUGACUUAACUUCUGCGAUGUCCGCUACAGCUCGAGCUCUUCUUUAUGUGCUUUUUACAGUUACAUCAGGGAGGCAACGAGAGACAGAAAAUACAGCCAGGUCAUCAGGUUGAAGGAGGAGACCAGUUUGGGUUGCCGUGCAGCAACACGGUGUUGCACAGAGCUGCCUUCUUUGAGGUUAGGCGUGAACAAAACCCAAAUUACAUUUUUCUCCAAGACAAGAUGAAUGAUUGCACCGUGUUAUUUGGUCUUUUGUGAGCUGGAAGCAGUAUAAGGUGUGCAAAAUUAUGUGCUUCAUGUACGGCACAUCCUCUCCCCCCGAAUCGUUCGUUAUUGGUGUCAGCCCCUGAACCGGUUGUCGAGCAGGUAGCAUCCUUGAUGUUUCUGCAGCGUGUUUAUUUAUUUUUCCUUUUCCUGCUGCUUUUUUAUAUGCAAUGUAAUUCCACUCGAUGUUUCAUGAGUAAUUUAACUCUUGAGUACACGGCUGAAAGCACAAAGCCUAUCACAGGGAGUGCAGUGAGGUAAUGUUCAUAAAAACCCGCACUGGAAUGAUUAAAUUCACACUAGAAUUAGAUUCAAUCAGAAUGUUAAAACAUUAAAAAUUCACCAAAUUUCCUUUGACUAUUAAAACGUUUCUCACCAUGAAAUUGGUUUGAAUAGUUGGCUUAAUACCUGAACAAACUGCUCUGUGAAUGUUUUCGUUUUUCGAGUCACUCCUGCCUGAAGGAUCGCCGUUCACUUGAAAGGCUGCGUUGGAUUUUCAUGCUGUUCUAUUGAGCUUUGAUAUGUUGAAAAACAAACAAACAAACAAAAAAAACUUUAACCUUCACUUUCUCGUACAUCGGCGGGUUCUGUGUCAGAUUGUUGUCAUAGCUUUCAUAGCAAAGCCAGAAAAAGUCGUGUCAUGUGCUGGCCUCAAUGUUUUCCCAAAGAAAAAACGUGUUGAUGCGACAGAGGUUGAGGCACGACUGCUAACUGAAACAGAGUCUUCUAAGCAAAUAACACGUUAAUGUUUGAAUUGCUGAUUUUUGUGUGAAACUAUAUGAAUAAAGCUCUAACACUGUU